UUUCCAUUGGUCCACGAUCAUUUAUAUUCUCAAAACCGCCAAAAAAUUCUUUUCUAUUUAUAUGCCUUUUGGCUUAUUCAAAAUAAAACCACAUCCUGGGUACUAUCAAUUCCAUUCCCAUGACUGAAAAGUAUUGUUGCAUGAUUUUGAGAAUCAAUGUUGACUGCAAUGCUUGCUGCCGAAAAUUAAGGAGAAUUAUUCUAAGGAUGAAAGAGAUUGAGACCCAUCUGAUUGAGAAGCAGCAACGCAGGGUAUGCGUAUGUGGCAGAUUUGAUCCAGCAGAGGUUGCUAUAAAGAUAAGGAAGAAGAUGAACCGUCGAGUUGAGAUACUUGAAGUUCAAGAUUUCGAAGGUGGUGGUGAAGACGAGAACGAACAACCGGAAAAAGCAGAGAGAGCAGAGCCAACAGAGAGAACAGACAGACCUCGGGUUCCGAUGGUGGUGUAUCCUGGUCAAAUCCCUUCAUAUUAUUCAACCAUGCACGUAGCAUAGAGGCUUGCUUCAAGAUCCAACUCUCACCACAUGGCCUGUUGAAUCCAUGACCAUGAGCUUCAAGAAUAAAGUUAUUUAUCUCUCACAAUUUUAUGAAGUCUGGAAAAGGACUGAAAGCAAUUUCGAAGCAGUUGCAUCAUCACGUUUUCAAAGUCUCAAAUCACAACUAAAAUCUUGCAAGAAAAUGAGAUCAUUUUCAGAUUUUUUUCUUGCCAGAUCAGAAAUGUGGUGGAUGCUCUCUUUGCUCUCUAGGAUAUGAGGUUCAUGAAGCUGAUCACAUUCAGAUAAUACUAGAUGGUUUGUAUGAAGAUUACACGGUUUACAUUACAUUAGUAAUGUCAAGGCUCGGAUCCUUUUGAGUUGUGAAAGCUGAAUAUUUCUUACUUGCAAUCGAAUAUAUGUUGGAACGGUUUAAGAAACCAGAUGUAGCCAUGUAGGUAUGCCAAUAGCACAUUAUGCUCAGUCAUAUUCAUCUUCUGAACUUAAUAGAGGUGGAGGAUUCUGCCGUGACUGUGGUGGCUGGAGCAAUAGAGGAUGAGGAAGAUUUGACUUCUCAAACACUUGCCCCCAAUGUCAAUUGUGUGGGAGACAAGGUCAUGUAGUGUGGAACUGGUUUAACCAUUUUUGAUCCAGCAUUCAGCCCAAAUUUAGGAAAAAUUCAACACCAAUGCAGACCCCUUAUUGCAACACUCAGCCACCACCUCCAUCAACCAGUUUUCAUCAACUGCGAGCUUAUAUCUCCAUUUCGAUCUUCAUCUGUUAGUGAGGCUUGAUGGCUCUCAGAUUCAGGCGUGAGUCAUCAUGUCACAUCUGACCCAACAAAUUUUCUUACUUCUUCCUCAAGCAAUCAUGAGUCUGAACAAACUCUAUGUAGGUAAUAGAGCAGCUAUUCCAAUUACUCAAUCAUAUUCUUCAAUUGUUUAUGAUUCUUGUGCAAACGUUGCUUUUAGAUUAAACAACUUGCUACUUGUGCCACAAAUUAAUCAAAAUCUUUUGAGCGUCUCAAAGUUUGCAGCCAAUAACCAUGUAUAUUUUGAAUUUU